ACCCCCCCAGGAAACAAAACUCUUCACUAAACACGAAUUCCCUUUUGUUUUUCGAAGGAACCAACAAGAAUGAGAUCUCCUUUGGCCUGGAAAUGUCCCAGACUGGAUUUUCAUCCCAUGUUGUGGAAGACGGGAUCCUACUGGGGGCAGUGGGAGCCUAUGACUGGAAUGGAGCUGUCCUGAAGGAAACCAGCAGUGGGAAGGUCAUUCCCCUGAGGGAAUCUUAUCUCCAGGAGUUCCCAGAGGAGCUGAAAAAUCACGGGGCGUAUUUAGGUUACACCGUCUCCUCCGUCGUUUCCACCAAGCACGAGCGGAUUUACGUGGCGGGAGCUCCCAGGUUCAACCACACUGGGAAGGUCAUCCUCUUCAGCAUGCACAGCAACAGGGACCUCACCAUCCACCAGGCCCUGAAAGGAGAGCAGAUUGGUUCCUACUACGGCAGCGAGAUCAACUCCCUGGACGUCAACGGCGACGGCGUCACCGACGUGCUGCUGGUGGGAGCCCCCAUGUUCUUCAGCGAGGGCAGGGAGAGGGGCAAGGUCUAUGUCUACACCCUGCAGGAGAGCCACUUUGUUCCCAGUGGAGCCCUGGUGGACCUGCAGAGUUACCAGAACUCGCGCUUCGGCUCCUGCAUCGCCGCCGUGCCCGACCUCAACCAGGACAGCUACAACGACCUGGUGGUGGGGGCACCCUUGGAGGACGAGCACCAGGGAGCCAUUUACAUCUUCCUGGGCUUCCAAGAGACCGUCCUCAAGAAGUACAAGCAGAGGAUUGCAGCUGCUGACCUGGCUCCAGGCCUGAUGUAUUUUGGGUGCAGCAUCCACGGGCAGCUGGACCUGAACGAGGACGGGCUCGUGGACCUGGCCGUGGGCUCGCUGGGGAACGCGGUGCUGCUCUGGUCCCGGAGCGUGGUCCAGAUCAACGCCAGCAUCCGCUUCGAGCCCCCCAAGAUCAACAUCUUCACCAAGGACUGCAAGAGGAAUGGGAAGGAUGCAACCUGCAUGUCAGCCUUGCUCUGCUUCACCGCCGUCUUCCUCUCGGCCCGCUUCCAGACGGCCACUGUGGGGCUGCGGUUCAACGCCACGCUGGACGAGCGCCGCUACACGCCGAGGGCUCACCUGGACGAGGGUGGCGAGCGGCCGGCACAGAGGGGGCUGCUGCUGCCGGCCGGCCAGGAGCACUGCCAGAGGCUCCCCUUCCACGUCCUGGACACAGCAGACUACGUGAAGCCAGUGACGUUCUCCAUCGACUACGAGCUGGAGCACCCGGAGCACGGCCCCAUGCUGGAUGAUGGGUGGCCCACCUCCCUCAGGGUCUCGGUGCCUUUCUGGAAUGGGUGCAAUGAGGACGAGCACUGUGUCCCUGACCUGGUCCUGGACGCCAGGAGUGAUGUCCCCAGUGCCAUGGAGUUCUGCCGGCGGGUGCUCCGGAGGGGCCCCCCGGAAUGCUCGGCCUUCAGCCUCUCCUUCGACACGUCCGUGUCCGUCCUGGAGAGCGGCAGGAGGAGGGUGGCUGUGGAGGCGACGCUGGAGAACCGCGGGGAGAACGCCUACAGCACCGUCCUCAACAUCUCCUUCUCCAGGAACCUGCAGCUGGCCAGCCUCAUCCCCAAGGACGACACCGACGUCAACAUUGACUGUACGACUGAUGACAGGCACCCCAACAAGAGGGUGUGCAACGUCAGCUACCCCUUCUUCAGAGCCAAGGCCAAGGUGGCUUUUCGCCUGGAUUUUGAAUUCAGCAAGUCGGUUUUCUUGGAGAACAUGGAGAUCUACAUGAUUGCCAGCAGUGACAGUGAGGAGAAGGAGAGCACAAAGGAGGACAACUUUGCCCACCUCAACUUCCACCUGAAGUACGAGGCCGACCUGCUCUUCACCAGGACGUCGAGCCUGGACUAUUACGAGAUCAGGUCCAACAGCUCCCUGGAGAGAUACGACAGCAUCGGCCCCCCCUUCCACUGCACCUUCAAGCUGCAGAACCUGGGCUUCUUCCCCGUGGAGGGGGUGACCAUCAGGAUCACCGUCCCCGUGGCCACCCGGGCGGGCAACCGCCUCCUGCUCCUCACUGACUUCCUGCUGGACCAGGAGAACACGACCUGCAACAUCUGGGGGAACACUACUGACUACCGGAGGACACCAGCUGAGGAGGACCUGACCCGCACCCCACACCUGAACCACAGCAACUCCGACGUGGUUUCCAUCGACUGCCACGUGAAAUUAGCCCCCAACGAGGAGAUGAACUUGCACUUGCGUGGCAAUCUGUGGAUGAAGUCUCUGAAAGCACUGAAGUUCAAAUCACUGAAGCUCACCAUGAACGCCGCUCUCCAGCGACGCUUCGGGAGCCCCUUUGUCUUCCGAGAGGAGGAUCCCAGUCGCCAGAUCACAUUUGAGAUCUCCAAGCCCGAGGAGUCGCACAUCCCCAUCUGGAUCAUCCUGGGGAGCACCUUAGGAGGUCUCCUGCUCCUGGCCCUGCUCGUCCUCGCACUCUGGAAGCUGGGAUUUUUUAAGAGCGGGAGCCGCAGGCGAGCGGCGGAGCAGGAGCAGAAUUCCAUGGGGCUGGAAUGACGCUGCCGGGGCCAGGAGCCCCCCGUGCCCCCUCCCAGCCCCUCGCCAGCUCUGGAGCAGGAGGUCACCUCGAUACCGAGGGAUUUGGGUGCUGAGCUUGGGUUUGCAUCGAGAGGAGAGAACACCCCUUUGUGUGACAUCACCUGAACUGGUCCAAAACCCAAAAAAACACCCUUAAACACACCAAAAAAAAAAACAACAACCCAAACCUCUUCAUGCCACAGCAAGAGGAGCUUCGAGCUGGGCCUGCAACGAGGUGGCAGCGACACGGGGACGAGGGGCCACGACGUGUCCCGUGGGCUGGGACAAACCACGGGGCCGCAAAGCUCCUUAAAAUAACAAUAUCCAUAAAAAAACCCGAGGAUUGCUCGUUCCUGUGGCGCGGCUGUAGCAUUCCCUGGGCUUUGCUGGCCACGGCUCUCAAACUGCCUUCGUUAACAGGAGUAAUUAGGUGGAGAUUUUUAAUUUGCCGCCUUCUGAAUGCACUGAGUGAAACGAUAGCGAGUUAAAGCACCUUAAUGCAAAUCUCCGGCGUCCAGCUGUACAUAAUUAUUCUAAAAAUAUUUACCUGUCGAAGGAAAGGAGAGGGGAAAAAAAAAAAAUUAAAUUAAAAGCUAUUUAAAAAAAAAAAAAAAAAAAAAAAGGAAUUCAAAGCAGUUUGAUGUGUUUUUUUUCUCCCAGGGGAGCAGUUUGGGAGAGCUCGUGGCCAGGAGGGCCCUCACGUGUAUCAUACCUGUACAUACCUGGUGUCCCCCCCCAAAAGCAGCUGAUCGGUGCUGUUGGACAGCAGAGUGUCCCUGUGCAUCCCAGAAUUAUUUAUGCUAAUGUUAAUUUUAUGGAUGGAAAGCGAGCAGAUGUCUGCAGGACGUGGAAGGGAGGUUGUGAAAUAUUGUCCUGGUAUUUUUUAAGGAUUAAAAAUAAAGGUAUUUUAAAACCA